UUAGUACUACUGCAUUUCAGUACAUUGUUUUAAAUUCCUCUGUCAGAAAAAAAAAGUCUGGUCGUGAUAAUCGCUUAAGGCAGACCACGAGAAUAACAACAAGACUCGUCCGCCCUCUAAAUUGUGUCAUUCCCUAAACCUGACAACUCAUCCAACACUUAAAAUGCUUUAAUCGGUUGCGAUAUCAGUCACCGCACCUGCCCUAAAUCAAAAUGGCGGAGCAGCGGGGCUCGGCUACUGCUGCAGCACUGCUGUCAACUAAGCCGGCUCACGCUGACUCGGAGAUUGAAUUUCUCACUCGGCUGGGCACAGGCGAUCUGCUGAGAGGAGCCCUCAUAAAGCUGCUUGAAGCCAGACCGGACGACCAGCUUGGCUUCUUGGCCGAUCAUUUCAAGAAUCAGCUGCAGGAGAAGGACGCUGUGAACGGCGCUCCGGGCGGACAAGUGGAGCAGCGAUUGCUUGGACAAGCCUGUUGGCAUCUCGGUCUUGUCAACCACUCUCAAAGAUCUGCCUUUAACAACAAUGUAACGAUUGCCUAUCACCUGCUGUCAUCUAACAAUGCGAUGAAGAAACGAGGCUUGAAAGGAAAACUCUACACUGCCCUGCUCUCUGAAAUUGGAAAGAGGGGUACUGCCACAGAGACUUCCAAGGCCUUUCUGCUGAAGAAAAUCCAGUGCCAGGACCACGUGGCUGUACCCUUUGAGGUGUUUAGGCAUGGAGUGCUUACCUGUUUCGUUUUUGAGGAUUAUGUCUGUAAAUCUCGCUUGCUCUUCCAGAGCAUCUUGCAGUCGACAAAAGCCAGCAGAGGGUUGUGCCAUGCUAUCCUUGGCACACUGCAGGAUGCUCUGGAAGCCACUGACUGCCACAACCCAGCCCGUUACUUGGAGGCCAGCUCCCAAAUCUCCCCUUGCAGGUUGGCGCAAGCCAUGGACCAGGCUCAGGCUUCUGAUGGCCUCUUAAUGACUGAGGAGGAGUUCCUCAAUGAGGCAGCCAUGAUGUUCAUUAGCAGGGUGAAGUCCGUCUCAUGAGACAGUUCCGGUGCCUGCUAAGUUCUAUGUGGGAUGGAUUAGCAUACUGCUACUUAUUAGAAUUGACUGGCAGCAGCAAACCCCAGACUACCUUGAAAAUAAGCAGUCCAUUACAUUAAGUAGAAUGACCAUUGUUCACAAAGCUAAGCAAGCCAAAUGAUUUGCUGCCUCUUAACGCCAUGUUUAAUAUUUGCUUCCCUUCAGGACUUUCCUUCUGCAUUUCUUUGUUUCGACUACACAUAAGUAAGAGAACGUGCAGUCGUCUCUGCCAUGAAAUACUCUUUUGGACAUUUGCAUGUGGAGGGCCAUUCAGACAAACUCUCUCCUUUGGCCUUCCCCCAUCUGCAGAGAGCAGCAGGCUCCUUGCAGUAACUUAUACUUUAAUCUACUAUAGUGCCUUCCCUACCCCAAUUUAAGUUUAGUUUGUCCUGAAAUAUUUAAUAGACAUCUCACAGGUACUUUGCUUGAAAACUCUACAGCAUGUAAUUGAGUAGAAUAUUUCCUUAACGUUUCACUUUGCAGUCCUUGAUCCCCUGAUGGAUGAUGACUAGUAUAGGUAGGGGAGUCAGGAGAGAACCAUCAUACAUUCAAGACAUUAAUGUUGUAUACCAUUUGAAGUGAAAAGAUCAGAAUUUACAAGUUCUUAAGUCGGAAUUUUCAACCAGAAUGCCCCCUUAAGUCGGAUUUCCAACUUAGAAACUCUGGGCUGGUGUGUCAACUCCGGGUUUAUCCGACUUCAGAUCAUGACGUCAAUCCAAACAGGCGACAUACACUGUAAACUUUAGUGAAAGGUGUAGUAUUGUACUGUUUAUUAGCACUUUUGUCUGUUUGUGUCUCAUUAAAUCAUACACACACGGUACUGUCCAACUUUUAUCUGUGGACAUGCUGCUACGGUGUUGGGAUACGCACAAUACCGCUGUUAUCAACUUCUGUUUAUUCUGAUGGAGCAAGCAGAACAAAGGUUUUCCAGGUUAAUUUUCAGGAUGUUAUACUGGAAUGCGUUCAACUCGGGUGUGACGUCAUUCUCAGCUCUGACCUCCAACUUCCGAGAUAAAUGGAACAUAGCAUUACACUCCAUCUCUUGGGGAAACUGAUAAUUGCAGGAAUUUAUAAGGCCAGCUAUGGAGAAACUGAACAACAUUUGCAUGUGCCAUCUGCUUUGUUAAACAGCUAAAUAUAGUGGUAUAAUUAUUAGGGAGGGGAUCCAUAGGAACAAGUAAUAAGUAACAUUCAUAAUGAGUUAGUCCAUUAAAUUUAAAACCAACACAUCCAUUUCCAUCCAAGCAUUUUCUACCGCUUAUACCGUCUGGGUUGCAUGGGGCAGUUGUGUAAGCAAAGAUGCUCUUCCACACCAACUCCUUUAAGAGAUACUGAUGUUACCCUAAACCAGCUGGGACCAAGGUCACCUCCGGAUUGGACAAGCCUGACACUCCUCCGCAGGGUAGCGUCCAGGAACCAUCCUAAUCCAAUGCAUCAACCACCUCAGCUAAAUCCAUUCAAUGCAGAGGAGCAGCAACUCUACUUUCGCGCUCUUCCCAAAUGUCUCUGCUGUUCACCAAAUUUCUAAGGCACGAGCCCACACACACUGUGAAGGAAGCUCAUUUCCAUCGCUUGUGUCUGUGAUCUAAUUUUGAUCAGUAUCCAAAGCUCAUUAGAUGAGGAUGGGAAUGUAGAUGAUGCUGUACUAAUCCGUCUGUUAAUCUCUCACUCCUUUCUCUCCUCACUUGUAAACAAGACCCUGAGAUACUUCAACGCCCUCCACUUGAGGUAGCACUGUCACCCCAACCUGGAGAGGGCACUCCAUCCUUUUCUGGCUGAGUACCAUGACCUCAGGCUUAGAGGUACCAGUCCUUAUCUCCAGUGGGCCUACCACCUGCAGGAUCUGGUGCAUUGCGUUUAGGACAACAGUCAAUGGCAAAUGCCUUGGUGAACCGAUCCCCAGAUACUGAGAA